GUGAACAAUUCCUAGCUAGAAAAUUCUGCUGGUUUGAUGAUAUGAUGGACGUACAAACGUCAUUUCCAGGCCUUUCACUAGUUCAAUGUCCAUCAGUUUUGGAGCGAAGCUUAGCUCUCAAUCAUAAUCGUAAAACCAUCAGAAAGGGAUUUUUUUGGGCUACAGUGAAUUUGGUGAUUUUAUUCCUUCUUUUGUAUGACAUUGCACAUACCUGUCCAUUUUAUAUUGGAUAUUUUCUUUAUGCAGAAUAUCUCCUUGUAGUCAUAUUAACACUAAACCUUUUCUAUCAUGUUAUGAAAAUUUUACAAAUGGGGGUUUUGGUGAAUGAACCCAUCCCAAUUACAGAAGAACAAAUGAGAUUAUUGGGUAUAAAAGACUCAGAUCCAUAUUAUAAAAUUCAUCAAUCUAAAUCACCAGUAAGAAGCAGUAAUAGUACACCUAUGAAUAGUUAUUCUAGUACUCCAGUGAAUACUAGUUCACUGAGCUUCAGAUCAAAUGUUUCAACAAUGGAUAGUGUGAAUUAUUCACUUUCUUCACCCUCUUGGUCAUACUUGAAAGGCACUCCAGAUCACAACACUCAGUAUUCAAAUAGAUCAUCAACAUACAUCAAGUCAUCACCCAUGAAUACACCAUUAUGUAGAAAUUCCUCUGUGGAGUUCAUAACUGAUGAACAUUCUCUGAGCAAGUAUUUGAAAGAACAUGAAGAAAUUGAGAAAGUGAAUAAACAAUCCAACAAGUCACACCAGUCAUCAAAUUUACUGAGUUCAUUUUGGAGCCAUCCAGUUACCAAAACAGCCAAAGAUGUAUCUUUAUUCUUGAAGAAGUGCCAAUACCAACUUUCAUCUCAAUCAGCAACAAAGUCAACUUCAGGUAGCCCAAAUAUUAAAGGUGAUGAUAAAACAGCAAGCCCUGCUCAAGUUCAGGCCAUGGAAGUAUGGACAAGAAUAAAUGUAGAUACAGUUGCUCUAACUCAGUGGAAUGAAAAUUUGAGAAUGUGGAUAUCUCAAACGAUUCUUGAAAGACUGGUAAGUGAAUUCAGAAUGGUGAAUAAUGCCUUGGACCAGCAUGGUCUGUCAGACAUCAAAAUCGGCAAUGUGGGUUUGGACCGGCUUCGCAAAACAGCUCAGAUGGCCGUCGUCUCCCAGUACAUUCCGUCUUUGCCGACGUUGAUACCCUUCUUAGAAGUGACUGCUAACCAAGAGUAUCUCGAAAAACGUAUCAGAGAAUUGGCCAAGGGUGGUUGUAUGAGCGAAUUCAAGUGGAAUGGAGGCAGCAGCUACAAUGGAAAAGAAUGGGAUGAUUCUUUGCCCACAGAUUGUGCAAUUGUGAUGCAUCUGUUAGCUGCUUAUUUGGACACCCAACUCAUGCCACUGCCGAAUAUGCCAGACACCAAAGCAUUUAGCGGUCAUCAUUAUAUCAAAGUAACAGACAAAAUGCCGAUUCUGAAGCCCGGCUGUGUUUUUAUACAACAAGUAUCUGAAAAACCGCCCCACUAUCGUGUUAUAGUCGGAGAAAAAAUCUGUGAAAUGGUCAAGGGCUACAACAAUCUAUUCCACAGUAUUUUAUUCUUCAUUUAUCACGUGAAUAAAAUAGAACACGGGAUGCUAGGGAGGGUGAAUUUAGGAAGAGCUGGUAUAAACAUACUGUGGCUGAUAGAUCAACAAAACUAAGUGACAUGAUUGUAAGUUUUACUUCUGGUAUUAAUAUAACAUUGAAUAC